UGUCACAACAAUACAAGUUUCACGUAAUCGCUUAUUUUUAAAACACUUACAAAUAAGUCGAAAAACAAUUUAAAAUGGCACCAAAGAAAGAUAAGAAGAAAGAAGAGGAAGGAGCACAAAAAGGCGGUGGCGGCGGAACAUUCACAGAAGUUGAGAGGACAUUUUUGGAACUCCAGGUAGCGGAAUGUAAUCGAAAAAUUGCUCGGCUUCGAUUAGCUGUAGACGAAUACGAGCAGCGAAAUGAAGAACUACAAAAGGCAUAUGAUAAACUGGACGAGGACAGAGCCGACAUUAUUGCCUACUUGAAGAAAACACUAAAUGUUAAGAAUGAGGAGAACAAUGAGCUCAAGGAUAAAGUGAAAGGUCUUGAAGAGACACGGGAAAUAGAGACAGCUCAGUUCAAAGAAACAGUCAAUGAGCUGGAAAGAAAUUUCACCAUCAUGAAAGACCAACUUACAUCUGAAAAUAAGUUGUUAGCCGGAAAACUUAACACUUUAGAAGAGUUUAGAGCUAUAAGAGAUGACUUGAUGAGGAAAUUCGAGAAGCAAGAACAAGAUUUUAAAGAUCAAGAAAUGAAAUACAAAAGGAUAAUUUACGAUGCAGAGAAAAAGUUUGUGAUCGGUAAAGAUAAACUGAAAAAAGAAAUGGAAGGACACCUGUUGCAACUUGCUCAAGACUUUCAAGAUGCUACUGAGUUGAGAAUAGCAGCAUCAACACACAGGGUUAUUAGAGAAAAUAUUGCGAUUAAUAAUGAGUUAGAUAGCAUUUUGUCAACACAAGCAAAGUUAGCCGAACAAAAUGAGAGAUACAAAGAAAACGAAAGGGCCGCUCGUAUUGCUAUGGAACUAGCUGAAGAAGAGAGAGAUAAAGCUAUAAAUAAGAAUGUUGUUCAACUAAAGGUCAUCGACCAAUUAACAACAGCAUUUCAGGAAAUUAAAAAAGAACGAGCACAGUUUGAAAAACGGAACUAUGAUUUGGAAACACUCCAAGCAAAAAUACAACGUCUCACAAAAGAAAACGAUAACCUUUCAUUACAAGUUCGUAUUUUAGAACAAAAUCUUCAUGCUAAGUUAUGCGAACAGAACAAAUCUGUGGUUGAAUCCUCUAAGAUAGCUAAUGAGUGUAUCAAGUUGAAGAAGAUAUUGAAAGAAGCGGGUAUAGCUAUACAAGCCGCCUUGAAGCUGGACCAAUGGGCUACAACCGAUCCAACCAGAGAGAUAAUGGACAGACAAAUUCUUUUGUCACGCUUGCUUGAUAUAAUAACACAGUAUCGUGAAGUUCAACGCACAGAAUCUAUCGAGACUCUGGCAUCCCUUGGAAAAGUCUACGAGGAAGGAGACCUUGGUUUUAUACCAAAACCUGUGCCAAAGAAAUCGGCCGUUUCUGCUGCUUUAUCUCACGGAUCUCGAGAGUCUAUCAAAGCUGAGAAACGUAGCACAUCAUCUAUUUCUGUAACGUCUUCUUCACUCGGCAGCAUAAAGACAAUACCAAGCUUGAAGCUAGUCCCGCCCACUUCUCAGCCAGAUCUUACGGCCAAAGACAGUUUGCCAUCGUUUGUGACUUCAACUAAGUCCAGUGAGAGUGAGAGCGCAGCAGAACCAGAGGAAGAAGAAGCAACGGAUGACAUGGAAAAGAAACUAGCGCAGAGCAAGCUCGAGAUUCAGAGGUCAAUAAUGAAAGACUUGGCGUAUUCACAAAUGGCGCUGCAGUCUCAGGCUAAGUUCAGCGAGCAGCGGAUGUCCAAGUCCGUCGUCAUAAUAGAAGGCGAGGAGCCAGUGGAAGGCGAGGAUGGAGAGAAAGUGGAAGGGGAACACGUGGAAGGCGAGGAGAAGCCAGAAGGAGAGCCGCCUGUCGAAGGAGAGGAGAAGAAAGAAGCAGAAGCACCUGCUGAGGAGCCUAAAGAAGAGGGCGGUGAUUAGUUUAUUUGAGUAAUUUUAGAGCUCUUAUACAAAAAGUAUCGUAUUUUUCUAAUAUUGUAAU